AUGGGCCAGUUGAGUAAACAUUUUCGACAGGUAACGGGCGGCAAAACGUGCCGUGAUAUAUUGCAUCCAGAUCAAACUUGCCGUGCCGCCUGGUGUACGUUCUUCGUGGAGGGUGUGCUCGGUGGCAUACGCCACUACCUGCCAGCUGUUGUGACCCCGAUGCUGUUCCGCGUACGGCAGUGGAACGAGCCGGAAGUGUGGCGAAACUUUCUACGGCAGUACGCGCGAUGCAUUUUGGCCGGUUUGCCAAUGACGGGCGGCAGUUUCUUGGCCUUCUGCCUAUUCUACAAGUGCAUGGGGAAGUUUCCGGCGGCAUGGUUCGUGUUGAUACCGUCACUAGCUGGUGGUUUGACGGCAAAGUAUCUUCCACGCCACAUCGUUCGAGCGCAGGGCAUCGGGUUGUUCAACAUGUACAUCGAAUUUCUCAUAAGACGUGCGCGCAGUCCUGCCGUGGCUUACCUUCGCCACUCGCGGCUGCAUGCGACCGCGAUUUUCGCGCUGCUCAGCGCGGGCAUUAUGGCGGCCCGGCAAUGUUUGCAGCUGGAGCGGUUCUGGUUCGCUUGCACCUACCCGAACGAUCACUGUGGCGUUCGGCAUGUACCGCAGGACGGGAAUGCUAACCCACCGGCGCCGACCAGCUGCCAGCAGCACAUCAUCACCGCCAUGACGCGGUCGGUGUACAUCGGGCUGGCGGUCGGUUUGGUGAAGAACUUUCUGCCCCGCAUGCCAAUGCUGCUGACCGACCCGCUAGCGCUUGGCCGUCUCCUGCUGACGCGCUUCGACUUGGGCCUGUUCGGGUUUAUCACAUGCUACAAAACCAUCUACGAAAUCGUCAACUGUCGGCUGGCAACGCGACCGCCGCGUUCGCGACCUUCGCCCGUCAGCCGCAGCGCGAUCGGUGGCUUGUGUGCCGGUUUGGCUUACUAUUGCUUCCCGAGCUAUUUGCUCUUUACCUUCUCCAUCACCGAGCUGGUGGAGCUGUGCUGGAUAGCUUAUAUGCGCACGGAACGGUUCGUCAAGUGUGGCACCGUCCGUUGGCUGGACCGUGAAGUGCCGGUGGCCAUUCUGCUGUACACCGUCAGCUUGGGGCUGCUGUGCCAUUUGCGCAUCGUCUACCCGUACCACAUCAAUCGCUACUGGCACCGGCUGAUGGCUAACGGGACCUGGGGCCGCUCGGACACGCUGGCGUACAAUUACGCCCGAAUCCUUCUUGGUGGCAAGUGA